AAGAUAUAAGUCCAAUCAGACGUGAUGAGGAAAAAAAUUCAUUAUUAGUAUCGAGCAAUCCCACUUGUGGCUGUGAUACUAGUUUAAGACAGAUGUAUACACAGAUAUCUACGUGAACAUUUAAAACUGAAAAUUACAUAACUAUCAGCAUCAAUUAAUCAUUGCAAAACGUAGCUGUAUCGUUCAGUUCAGUGUAUUUUUUCCUGCACAAGCAUUACGUGCACGUUUAUAAUUGUCGUCUACUAUCGGAUCGCAUCAAAUAUUAUUCGUCGAUCGAUCAUUGCGUGCAAACCGCGAUCUUGAACGUAGGCAAAGAAAUCAAUCGUUCGUCAGAACAUCGAAAACAGUGAUAUGCUCCGUGCUCAUUCAUGAUUUAUAAUUGUGCACCGUCUGAAGAGAACAGCUCUUGGUACGGCUCGUUUAAGGUGCGCUGAAGGCACGUUUCGCGUGCAUAAUAUUUAUGGCGAUGGUAACUGUAUGUUUCGAGCGAUUAGCUAUAUUUUAUGGCGAAACGAGGAUGAACAUCGGUACUUGCGUUCAAUGGUGGUGCAACACGUCAAAGAAAAUUGGCACGAGUAUGGGCCCUUCGUGAUUGCCGAAUGGAACAUAUCGGAUCGGCAAACUUAUGACAAUUAUAUGAACAUGGUAGGCACGUUCGCCAGUGAACUCGAAUGCACGGUAGCCACUAGGAUGUACGACAUGAAUCUAUCGAUCUAUCGCGAGAUCAACGACAGACACGAACUUAAACGAGUGUUUCACAAUCAUGUUAGCUCGCAAUUCGCGACAGCUAGACUUUUAUUCACCGGGAACUCAGACAGCGGUCACUACGACGUAUUAAUUCCUGAUUGACGAACGUU